AUGCCGGUACCAGGCUCUUGUAACUUUUAUACAGAUUGUUUAGAAAAGAAAUUUCAUUGCGGGAAUAAUGGAUACCCAUUAAGCGAUGGACUUAAGUAUUGCGAAAAAUUUACAGAAAACAUGCACUUAUUCAGUUCUUCGGGGAAAGAUUGGGUGACCAAAACAAAGCUUUGCCUUCAGGAAUCACUAGUCCAAAUUUAUGAAAAUGAUUCGAGCACUUGUUCAGAAAUAAAACAAAAUGCAUUAGAUUCUCAUGCGGACUGUUACGUUACAAGUGGCAUAUGCAUAAUUCCGCCAUCAGAUUGGGUCUCCUUAUUAAAAACUAUUGAUUUCAAGGAUUUAUUUGGAAGUUUGUUUCCUUAUACUUUUAAACAAGCUUUAGAGACAGCGGUUGAUUGUGAAGAGUUUUAUAUUUUCUUAGAAGAAUCACACAAACGUCAACAUCACGAACUUUGA